AUGUCCCAGCGACACCCUCACGUCGCUCCCGAACCGGUCCAGGUGAAAAUGGUUAAGAAGACAAAGGGAAGGUUGGAAGCUGAGAGGCAAGAAGCCGAAAGUCAAGAGUUUGCACUAAGAGGAAAAGCUUUAACCAGCGAGCCAACUGGCUCAGGGACGCAGAGGACUGUGCGACAGCAGACGUUGGCUGCAAAGAAAUUGAAAGAACACGAGAAGAGGGCAGGAAAAAGCGUACCAGUUCCCACCCAUGAGGAAGGUGAAACUGAGAGUGAAGAUGAGCCGGCACCUACGAAGAAAGCCAAAAUGUCAAAGGGCAAAGGGGUUGCUGUUGAUCGAGACAGAACGAAAACUCCAUCUGUGGAGGAGCUAUAUGAUCAUUUGAAGAAUGGAGUCACUUGGGCUCCAACCAGGUUUGCCGACCUCGAUUUGCUGAAGGAGUUGGUCUAG